GAAUUUGUGUAUGCACAGCACGAGAGUACGAUGCGCACUGAACAUUGGGAAGAGUGAUAUUGGCAAUAGUCAAUGUCAUAGUCAUUUGAUAUUCAUGAUAUUCAACGACAUUGAGCACAGUGUAUAUUAUUCUUUGCAGCUCGAUCGUGAAUUAAACGAUAAACGAAAACGCGUAUCCAUGGAAUGCCAAACCUUGCUGGAUAUCAAGGACCAAAUGAAAGAACGAACCCUACGAUUGGAGAAGGAGAAGGUUGAACAACAGGAAGCACGCUGUACAUCACUUCCAUUCCCCGAAGGCGAUCCGAAGUUGAUUCAGAUGAAAAAAAGUGAUUUGGCGGAAAAACUUAAGGAGCAAAUGGCCACAAACAUUAUGUUACAGAGGAAACGGGCGGAUCAAGAACGCGAUUUAGUGAAAGUAUUUAACGAAGGCAUGGAACAGGAAUUAGCUCGGGAAAAGGCAACUCGUGAUGCGGAGAAACAAACGUUGAAGAAACAAAUUGAUCAGUAUUACAAAUAUUCAAAGCACAUUGAAAAACAACGUUCGGUCGAUGAAGCUAAAAUAGAUAAGCUUAUAAAUGAUGUGCGACAACAAUACGACAAAAAAGAAGUGGAAAAUUGUAACGAAACACUAAAAAAACGCUGGGGAUUAGCAGAUAGUGUCUACGAGACCCAGCGAAUGCAAAUAGCGGAAAUGGAAAAACUGCGCCGCAAACAGGAAGAGGAUAAAAUAUUAGAGGGAGCCCGUGAGCGACAACUGUACGAAAAUCAUCUCCAGAAGAGCAUUGAGGCAAAUCAAAGGAUGCAAACUGCGGUUAAAAAGUAUCGUGAAACGCUAAAAGAACAAAUCAAAUCGGCAACAUUAGAACGCGAACGAUGUAAGCGGCAUGAUCAAACACAGACUAACCGCCUGGUGGAAGCUAACAUAAAAGAUCUAGAUUUCGUGCAGAGCUACGUGAAAGGAUCGUUCGAGAGCCAUUUCAAAAAGCAUCCCAAUACGGCAUUGAUGAGAAAGAAGUACUGAAGUUAAUUAAAAAUAGAUAAAUGAAAUAAAAUAUUGGCUUUGUA